GAUGAUGAUGAUGAUGCCAAAGCAGAUGGGAUCUCGCUAAAGGAAUUUUGUAUCUUGGUGCUGUCUGCGCUCUCUUUACGACCAGUCUUUUCAUGCUCCCCUCCCCUAACAAAGGUGGCCAGAGGUGGAGGAGCAGAGGGGGAGUCCAGCACAGAGGUGUCCCCUGUCUCCUAACACCUGCUGCUGGCUACAGCCUGGCAUUGAGGACACUGUGUGUCUGUGUGCAUGUGAAUGAGCAGAAACGGAGAGAACGAGGGGACUUUGCUGCUCAUUUGCAGGAUCAAGAUUUCUUCCCGUUAAAAUUUUUUUAGGAAACAAAGAGGCAAAAGGAUGAGCCAGAGGCUUUGAGGACAUCCAGCGUUCAUGCCCAUGCUCUCCUCUUUGAGUGAUGGGCACCACAGAGGCAACUUUACGACUGGAGAACAUGGAGGUGAGAGAUGAGUGGCAGGAUGAGGACUUCCCCAGGCCACUACCUGAAUACGGAGACAUGGAUCCGUCCUGUGGUCUGACAGAUAACAGAGUCUCUCCUCCUAACACCCUGAAGAUGAGCCCCAGUGGAGGAGGUGGAGGCGGGUCCUUAGCCCAUCAUAAGCGCCGCACAUUGGUUGCACCUGACAUGAACCUGUCACUGGACCAAAGUGAAGGUUCUUUACUGUCAGAUGACUUCCUAGAUACACCCGAUGACCUGGACAUCAACAUCGAUGACUUGGAUACUCCAGAUGAGACUGACUCACUGGAGUUUAUCACCAAUGGCAACGACCUUGAGUGGGAAGAUGACACACCGGUGGCAUCAGCUAAGGCGGGUCCUGGUGGCAGUUCGGGAGAGCUGGACGAGGAUGGCACAGCCAGCAACGGGCGCCUCUGGAGGACGGUGAUCAUCGGGGAACAGGAGCAUCGCAUUGACAUGCAGAUCAUCAAACCUUACCUUCGGGUCAUUACGCAUGGAGGUUAUUAUGGUGAGGGCCUCAACGCCAUCAUAGUGUUUUCUGCUUGUUACUUGCCUGACAGUAGCUGUUCUAACUACCACUACAUCAUGGAAAACCUCUUCCUGUAUGUGGUGAGCAGCCUGGAAAUGCUGGUCGCUGAGGACUAUCUAAUCAUCUACAUGAACGGAGCCACUCCACGCAGUAAGAUGCCUGGGAUCAGCUGGCUCAAGAAAUGCUACCAGAUGAUCGACAGAAGACUGAGGAAGAACCUGAAGUCUUUGGUCAUCGCUCAUCCUACGUGGUUCAUACGCACUGUUCUGGCAAUAUCUAGGCCUUUUAUCAGUGUGAAGUUCCUGAAUAAGAUCCAAUAUGUACACAGUCUGGAUGAACUGUCAGAAAUGGUUCCCAUGGAGCAUGUGCAUGUUCCUGAGUGUGUAGUGCAAUUUGACGAAGAGAGAAUUAAAGCCAGGAGAGAAAGGGGGUGCAGGAUGGAACAGGAACAGCAGCAAUCAGUUCCACAGGAGCCAAUUAAAAAGUCUGACAGGCCAAAGUCAGUGAUUGUAAAUCAAGGACUAUGAGGACGAGGAGUUUCAGUGCAGUGAGACUCACAAGUGGAACAUGAAGCUGUGACUGUGAAGCAGAGCUCAGCAGACCUGCACAAAUUUCUAUGUUUCAUCCUCAUGCAAACUGAAGAUUUGAGUCAUCAUUCGACGGGGAACGUUCCAUCUCAUAUUGUGUCCCUCUGUACUGGAGGUGAGCUGCAGAGUGAAAAUGGAA